GAAACAAACACUGUCUGUCUGACAGACAUCAAAGAUGAAACGAACGAGAAUUGCUAUUGUGUAAAGUAUCGAUGAAUAUUCCAGGUUUAGUAUCAAAUUGCUAUAAAAUUAAUCAAAAAUAUGUUAUUUUCAACUUAAGUGUCACUCAUCUCAUCUGUGCCUUCUUUUUUUAGCUUUUUUUAAAUUCAUCAUCUUUAUGCUUUAUUUUAAAAUCAAAAUCAGCAUUUGAGUUGACAAUGUCAAUAAAUUCGCUUCCAAAUGAUUGUUUACUAAUCAUUUUUGAUGACAUCAAGGAAUUGGACGAUCUAGUAAACUGCUACAAAGUUUGUACAAGGUGGAGUCUGUUGAUUGCCAAGCGAGCCAAAAGAGUUAAAUAUCUUAUCAAUAAUUCACUCUAUUCAACUCCAGAUGAUGGUUAUAAUGAACAUGUUUACAUUCGAACAGAGAAACCAAUCGAUGGAAAUUGUUUGGAAAAUUUGUUUCCUAAUUUAAGGAUUGUUGAUAUCGAUUAUUUAUUGCCUAAAAAAGUGCAACUCAAUCAUAUUCUUAAGAUGGUCAAAAGUGCAAAAUCUUUGAAAGGAUUUUUUAUCGAACUUGAAUCUCCAUUCGAAGAGGUGUCAAGAUGUUGUGAAGACAUCGACAUGGUAUCUGUGAAUAAUAUAUUAUUGUCUAAAUCGAGUCCUUAUGAUGGUCCCAUAUGUGAGAACGGCUAUAGAUUCAAACAACUUCACAUUUAUCAGUUCAAUUUACGUGAGGCUAGAGAGUUCGAACUUUCUUUUCCUAAUCUUCACAGACUCAAUGCCUAUGAUGUCGAUGCUGGUGGUUAUAUGAAGCUGUUUGAUGAUACAGUAUUUCUGAGACUGAAAAUAAUUGAAUUCUUUAUGGUCGGAAAGUGUAAUGCGAGAUUUGUCAAUUUAUUUCGGUUCAUUGAUCACUGCCCAGUCUUACAAAGUGCACAUAUUUCUGGACUUUUUUAUCCGCUUUAUUUUAAUGUGUCAAAAAAACACGAAAGUCUACAAGAUUUAGUUAUUGAUUUUGCUGAAGAUGAACGAACCCAUUGGGAUACAUUGGAAAGUUUAAUGAUGAAAUAUCCUAAUCUAAAACAUCUUUCGAUGAGAGGCUGCCCGGGAAUAAAAGAUGAACAUAUUGAGAAAUUGGUUGAAAUUUUACCCAAUUUAACAUUAAUUGAUGUCCGUGGAUCUGAAGUCACUCAAAAGGCUGCCGAUUAUUGUAGACGACAUGAACGGUCGAUAAAGUUAUACUUCGGAGACUCAAAAGAGGGAUACAGACAAAUUAAAUUAGAUUGGCCUCAAAUUUCGAUUCGUCGAGAAACAAUUUGUCGAGGAUUUGAUUUCAUGAAACAUUGUUUCUUCAAAAAUUAUCGAAGUUUACCUUGUUUCUUGGACCCUAUGGAUGAAGAAGAUUGAACUGCUAGUUGCUCAGGUGAGUAGUUUACUAAACCGACGAGCAAUUCAUUAUGUAAUUCAAAUGUAAUUAUAAUCAUUGUACAUUGAAUAAAAUUAUUAAAAUUGCAAUACGUUUAGUUAUAAGCUGUAAUAAAAAUUUAGAAUGCUUGAUGUUGGCGCCAAAUAUCAGAA